GACACAGACCUAUCUAAUUUUGGAUUGGAACAAGCUCAGUUAGUGGCUAAUAGAUUGAGAAAUGAAAGAUUUACUCAUGUAUAUACUAGUGACUUAACUCGGGCUGCCGGUACCGCUCAGACUAUAGUUGAUACUAAUAAAGUAUGUAAAUGUCCUCUAAUUAAAGAUAAAAGACUAAGAGAGAGGAAAUUUGGUGUUGUAGAAGGUAAAACAUAUAGAGAAUUUGCUCUAGAAGCUAGAAAAGAAAAUAUUGCUUUACCUGCUUUUACACCUCGUGGUGGAGAGAAAGUCGAACAGGUAGUUACUGAUGGUGAGAUUAAAAUGAGCAUAACAUGUCCAAAAUAUACAUCUACUGGUUGUCCGAAUGUAUCCUUAUCACCAUUAUUAGAGAAACGUUUCUCCAGUAUAUCAAGUGCCAGUUCUGGUCGUAAUAAUAGUUUUGAUGAGUCUGAUAAUCAACAGUGUAUUGCUGAUAUACUGAUAGUUAGUCAUGGUGGCUUUCUCAAAGAAUUUAUACGUCAUUUUAUUGAGGACUUACACUGUAAAAUUCCUGGUGGUAAGUGUUAUGCCUUGCGUGUUGGUCCUAAUACCAGCAUGUCCAAAUUUACUGUUAGUUUUGAAAAUGGGUGUGAUAAACCAGUUGUUACUUGUUUAUUAAUUCAUGAUAAAGAUCAUCUGCGUAAUUUA